AUGGGGUGUGAUAACUUGACCAACAGCAACAAGACUUUGCCUGGCAGGCUCCCUUACACUGUGCAGACUUCUGUGCCUCUGACAAUACUGGUGGGUAUCCUUAUUCUUCUCACAGUGUUCGGUAAUGUCCUAGUGGUCAUCGCUGUGUUCACCAGCCGGGCCCUAAGAGCCCCUCAGAACUUGUUUUUAGUGUCCUUAGCAUGUGCAGACAUUCUAGUGGCCACUCUGGUGAUGCCCUUUUCUCUGGCUAAUGAACUGAUGGGAUAUUGGUACUUUGGUCAAGUGUGGUGUGAGAUAUACCUGGCCCUGGAUGUUCUGUUCUGUACCUCGUCCAUCACGCAUCUGUGUGCCAUAAGUCUGGACAGAUACUGGUCAGUCACUCAAGCCAUUGAGUACAACUCGAAAAGGACACCAUGCAGGAUCAAAUGUAUAGUUUUAUUCGUGUGGGUGCUGGCUGCUAUUAUAUCAUUCCCACCUCUCAUUUCAAUGGAAAAGGAAGGGGCCAAAGAGGAGGGUCCCACAUGUAAGAUCAAUGAGGAGAAGUGGUACAUCAUAUUCUCCAGCACCGCCUCAUUCUUCGCCCCCUGUGUGAUCAUGAUUCUGGUGUACGUUCGAAUUUACCAGGUUGCAAAGAAUAGAACUAGGGCCCCUCCGGGUGAAAGGAGAAGGGAAAACAAUAAUCCAGAUAAAAGUCAGUAUGGCUUAGUUCAGCAGGACCCCCUGGAGAGAAGGAACAGAGAAGGACGUAGAGAUGGAGUGGAGGAGGGUGAGGAGGUCAAUGGAAUCGACGUGGAGGAAGAGUGCUCCUCGUCUGAUGGGAAUGAGAACCAGUGCUCCAUCAAAAUGAAGCUGAGAAAGGGAAAGACCAAAGUGAGUCAGGUGAAACUAGAAGACCCGUCCCCUAAAGAUUAUGAUGCACACCAGUGUGUGAAAGUGAGCCGGUGGAACGGAAGGCAGAACAGAGAGAAGCGCUUCACCUUUGUUCUGGCUGUGGUCAUGGGAGUGUUUGUUGUCUGCUGGUUCCCCUUCUUCUUCACGUACACACUCACCGCCAUAUGUGAGUCCUGCUGUGUCCCUGAGACAUUGUUCAAUUUCUUCUUCUGGUUCGGAUACUGCAAUAGCUCGCUGAAUCCAGUCAUUUACACUAUUUUCAACAAUGACUUUAGGAGGUCUUUCAAAAAAAUCCUUUGCAAGAAGGAUAGACGAGGGCUAUGA